CCAUCUGGUGGUAGAGUUGAGAGUGUCUCUACAUGUUCUUUCCCUUCCAGUUGGUUAAAUAACGUUUAGAGUGGGAAUUCAAAUAUAACAGUGUUGUAAAAAUAAUUAAAUUUCGUUAAAGUGAAAGUUGUUCAAGUAUUAGAAAAGAAAGAGAGAACAGAAAUUGAUCCAACAGAGUGAUUCUUCAAUAUAUCAUAAAUAUCACACUGCUAGUGUGAUUAAUCAAUAUGCUGCAAAUAGGAAUGCUACAAACAUGUCAGGUAAAAGGAAAAAAGUGACUGUAACCAUAGCAAAGAAGUUGAAAGCUUUGUACAGGAUUGAUAAAGGUGAGUCAUUGAGAAGUAUUGCUAUUGAUUUAGGAGUAGGAAUAUCUACUGUUUCUGAUUGGAAAAAAAACAGAAAGGAGAUUGAAGAUUUUUGUGCCAAGAUGGUUUCUAGAGAUAGCUUAGGCAACAGAGGAACAAUUAAAAAAGCAAAGAAUGUAACACUAGAUGAUGCACUGUAUAUGUGGUAUAUUCAAGAACUUGAAAAUGGUAUUCCUAUGUCAGGACCUAUCCUUAGAAAAAAAGCUCUGAGUCUUAAUAAAAAGUUAGGUGGUGAUCCUACUUUCACAGCAAGUGUAGGAUGGUUAGGAAGAUGGAAAGCCCGACAUGGUAUAAAACUGACCCUCUGUAGUCAAAGUUUACUGGAGGAUGCUGUCACUAAUAACAACUCAGAUCGAUUAUUAUUAGAAGAUGAUAUUGUGAGUGCGCGUUUAUCCACUCAAGAUGGAGAUGACAUCCAAGACUCUUUUAUUGAUAGAUAUCAUCAAGAAGAAACAGAUGUCAACCACCUAGAAGCAACAACAAUGCUAGAAAAAUUGAUAACUUAUUUUGAACAGCAAAAUGACACUUUAGAGAAUGAUUUAAUGAUUCUAAAACAUUUACACAAUCGUGUAUCAAAAAAAUAUUUGCUGACUCUAAAACAGGAAACUACUGUUUUGUAACAUAAUACUCUCAGUGUAUAAUUAUUGUAUAUGUCUUUCUAUUAUACAAUUUUUUAGUGUAAAUAAAUUUUGCAAAUAUAUAUUUUUUUACUCUUGA